GGGUAAUGCCACCAGACAUGGCGAUUUCGAUGAGACACACGAAGCUGAAGGCUGAGGAGGCAGCUCUCCUGGCUGGAGAACUGAACAAACCCUCCUGGGAGUCCAGAAACGAGGGCAUCCACGAGAGGGUCAGCUUUGAAGACACUAUAUGGGGCUUCGAUCUAGCUGGUGGCAUAUUUUAUAAGACUCCGUUACGAGUUACUUUCGUAAAGCCAGACAGCAGAGCCGAGAAAGCUGGUAUUCGGCCUGGAGACAAGCUACUGAGGAUCAAUGACUUGGACACCUCGACUCUCACCAUCCAGCAGGCUCAUGACAUUAUCGUCGAAUCUGGAAUCCAUCUGAAGCUGUCUGUCACCUCGCCAGAUGAUGAAGAAGAUGCAUACUACUGCUAUGAGGAUCCUAUAGUCGAUGGCUACGACAGUGAGGAGGAAAGGAGACUGGAAGAAGAGAAGGCCAAGAAGAGGAGGGUGUGCGCUAGAGUGAGCCACUACUGGAGUUUACAAUGGCCUUGGGUCAGCAAGCGAAGGCUUAUAUACAGGGAAUCGAACUGUUUCAUGGUGCCCAGCAAAUAUGAAGAAGCACGCAGGGACAAAUAUCCACCACAGCCAGUACUCCGAUACACCGACGACAUUGUUCUAUACCACGCGGAUGGAGAAAAUCAAGAUAACUCGAAACGUAUACCUUCACUGUGGGAAGUCAAACAAAAAGCUAGGAAAGAAAGACAAGAAAGGUUAAAGAAUGGAUACACAGCAAGCGAAGCAUCAGAUGCCAGUGAUGAUGUAUCAGUUCACAAAAAUGAUCAUGAAGAAGAACAACAAGAAGCUCCCAGACAAAAUUCUAGAAGAUCAACAUUAAAGGUGGAACGACAGGAAACAAUAGACGAAUCUAAGGAGAACGAAGAGGAAGAGUCAACAAGAAUCGAAGAAGAAGAAAUAGAUGGAGAUGUAGCUGAUGAUGAGAAUGAAGAAAUAAACAUAAACGAGAAAGAAGAAGUGACUGAAGAAAUUAAUGAGGAAAUGAUUGAAGCAGAAGAAACUAAAACCAAAGAAGUAGAACCUAGUGAUUUAAGUCCAGUUCCUGAAAUAGCUGAAGACGAUAAUCAAGUACCUGAAGAAAGUGAACAAGUUGAAAAUAACGUAGAUAGUGACAAUGUCGAAAUGGUAAAUGGUGAACUGAAUGACGACGAAAUACUAAAUGAAGUGCUGGGCAAAGCAGGUGACGUGGCGGCGAGAAGUGACGAAGACAAUAUCUUGGACAGUAUCUUAAGUGAUGAGGGACAGAAUUUGGAGAAUUCCGAAUCUAAUAACGAAAGAUAA